CGGGGCUUCCGUAGCGGUGGGAAGCAGCGUGUACAUGUGAUAGGAGAAACACACGCUCGCGCUGUCUCUCAUACACUGUUAAUGAGACUAAACUCUGCCGGUUUUACUGGAAUACCUGGCGUGUCUAUAGGUCACUGGGCAGCUACACCAGUCUGAGUGGAAAAGCGAAGUCCCUUCCUGGGUCUAUGCGACUGAUUGCGGUUCUCUGCUUGGCUAAGACUGCGUUCAGGAUCUCGCCUCGAACGCUUAAGGCUGAAUCAUUGGCUCUCAGAAUCUGCUGGCCAGGACAUCACACACACUUCAGCACUAUGGACACUAACAAGGACCCUCAUGACCCUAAGCACACUCUUAAUUCUUCUGAAAGAGAUGACGCUGCUGCAGAACUCACAGCAGAACCAGACAGCAGUAUGGACACUCCAGAGGAACCGGGGCUAAUGCCGGGGGAAACAGUUGUCAAAGAGGGGAAAGCGGCUAUUCUGUUUCCCAGUGCUAACGAGGUGUUCUACAACCCUGUUCAGGAGUUCAACCGUGACCUCACGUGUGCGGUGAUAACUGAGUUUGCACGAGAGACUCUUGCUUCCCGGGGCGUCCGCAUCGCUGUUCCUGGAGAGAAGGAGAGAGUGGUCGUCAGUCUUUCUGAUGAGAUGAAUGGAGAAGAGAGGGAUGGAAGGACAGAACAGGAACAAGGGAAGGAGAGACAAGAGGCGAAGGAGUUUAGAACUACAUCUGUGGGGGAGUGCUGUGAGGAUGGUCUCCGUGUGUUAGAGGGGUUGGCUGCCUCUGGACUGCGCUCCGUCCGAUUUGCUCUGGAAGUUCCAGGGCUGAAGAGUGUGACAGCUAAUGACUGCUCUGCAAAAGCUGCUGCGCUAAUCGCCCGGAAUGCCAAAUACAACAACGUCGCACACCUGCUGCAUGCCAGCCAGAAAGAUGCCAGUAUGCUGAUGUACGAGAUGAGAGGGAAGAAAGAGCGCUAUGAUGUCAUCGACCUGGACCCGUAUGGAAGCCCCUCCCCUUUCCUGGAUGCUGCGGUGCAGGCUGUCAGUGAAGGAGGGCUGCUGUGUAUUACGUGUACAGACAUGGCAGUGAUGGCGGGGAACAGCGGGGAGACCUGCUACAGUAAAUACGGCUCUGUCUCCCUCAAAUCCAAAUACUGCCACGAACUGGCUUUGAGGAUCAUUCUGCACUCGCUGGAUCAGAGGGCGAAUGUUUAUCAGCGCUACAUUGAGCCCUUGAUCAGCGUCAGUGUCGAUUUCUACAUCAGAGUGUUCGUCAGAGUCCGAACAGGACAGGCCACUGUUAAACACUCUGCCAGUAAGCAGGCUCUGGUGUAUAACUGUGUGGGCUGUGGGGCAUUUCACAUCCAAAGGAUGGGGAAAAGGAUUUUACAGGGUAAACAUAUGAAGUUCUCUGCUGCCACAGGGCCUCCCGUAGGAAUGAACUGUGAUCACUGUGGUCAGAGACACCAGCUUGGAGGACCCGUCUGGGCAGAACCCAUUCACAACCUGGAGUUUGUGCAGAAGGUUUUGGCAGCUGUUUCAGGCAACCCCUCUCGCUUUGGGACGUCCAAGCGCAUUGAGGGUGUUCUCAGCAUGGUCACCGAGGAGCUGCAAGAUAUUCCUCUUUAUUAUGUCCUGGACCAGCUUAGCAGCACAGUUCACUGCAAUACACCAGCCAUGCUGCAGUUCAGGUCAGCUCUGCUUCAUGCAGGUUACAAAGUGUCGUUCUCUCAUGCUUGUAAGAAUGCGGUAAAGACAGACGCACCGGCUGGAGUGCUGUGGGACAUCAUGCGCUGCUGGGAGAAGAGCAACCCGGUUAAGAGAGAGAGAUUAUCAGAGACCAGUCCGGCUUUCCGGAUCCUCUCUACAGAGCCUACUCUGCAGGCAUGCUUCGACAUCCGCGAGGACGCUAACCCUCAGUCCCGCAAACGCCACCUCACACGCUUCCAGGAGAACCCUCAGGCCAACUGGGGACCUAAAGCUCGCGCCAAAGCCGGUGGUGGAAUCUCUUCCGAGCUGGAAGACAAGAGGAAACAGUUCCAGGGCAAACGGAAGAACCAGAUCACAGACUCCUCUCAGCUAAAGAACUUCCCAUGCAAAAAAUUCCGUAAGGGCACCUGCACUCACGGGGAAAAGUGCUGCUACUCCCACGAUCCCGAGCAGUUGCCCAGCCAAACAAACGAGACCCAGUGACCAGUUCACUGAAACACACCUGUUCCUUCUGACCAAUCAGAGUCACCUUCACCAGUUGUGAGAGGGGAAAGAACUGGGUGUGUUUCCUGUUUAUCAUAUAUUAGAUUAUAUUAAAUGUAAUGACAUCUCAGCACCAGAAACUGCAGGACUGAGAGUAUCUUCAGUAACUCAUUUGGGUUUGGACUGUAAAGAUAAAGGUUCUUAAUGGCUGCAUGAAGAGCCAAACCAUAUGGAGAGUGAACAGACAGGUUCUUCAUUUUUAUUGUUAAUGUUUUAUUUUUGCUGACCAAUAAACUCUCCAUGAAUGCC